AGACUUUGCGGUUGUAAUUUUAAAUUACCCCCCCUUUAGAGAUUAAUUGAACUGAGUACCAAGAAAGCUUAGAACCUUGCAUUUAUCUAAGCCCGAAAUGACAACCUUUCCCUCUUGUUUCCUGCAGCGCCACAACGGCCCUCCUACUUCACCUUGAUAGCUUGUUACGCAAGGACGGCACACGGACUUCGAAGUAAAGGUAUCCUUUUUGGAUCUUGUUCGGUAACGUAAGAAUACAUUAUGGGCGCCACGGAGUCGACCGAACGUGUUGGCCGGGGCCGUGUGGUCCGCGUGUCCUCAACUUCCCCCUACGAGCGUGGUUUCCGGAUCGGGGAGGCCAUGCUGGAGGACCUGUUGCGGUUGUACCAGGCCAAGGUAGAAGUGUACAAGGCUUCCAUGCGUCCCGCCGUGAUCCAGGAGUGGGAUCUGAUGGCGGAGAAGGCCGUGGACAGCAUGGAAGACUUUGCGCCGACCUCCUACGUCGAGCUCGAGGGCAUGGUGGCCGGCUGCCAGGCCCAGUGGGAGCGCAGUCGGGGCGGGGGGGUUGAGGAACCGCCCUUUCUCAAGAUGCUGAUGCGCCUCGCGUAUCAAAAGUAAAAAUGUCUGGGUCUGGAAACUUGUGAUGCUGUGUGGCGUAUCAUGAGGAGGCCGCAAUUGCUGGCUCCGCAUGACAAGUUUCUGAGCUUCUAGGUGUUGCCAAUUCCGCAUGACCUGCAUCACAGAAAAAUGGAGCUCUUGGGUAACGUGCGUGACAGAUUUAAGAGUCAUGCCAGACAAGCAUGACAAACAGGCAUUCUUCCCGACCCAGACAUUUUUACACUUGAUAUCGCGGUGGACUACGAGCUGCUGAUGUCGGAACUGCACGCCCGGUCCAGCUCCGAUUUCGUAAAGCACACGGAAAAGUUCGAGGUGUACUUGCAGUCCAUGAAGGGGGAGCACGACAACGCAAUCGUGCGCAACUCCCAAACGCACGAAGACAGCUGGACCCAGAUGAGGGCCUUGCCCAUCGCGGAAAACGCUCUCCUUUCCGAACAGGAUUCCGCGUUAACCGAAUCCUCAGACGAGGAGUCGUCCGAGCAGAGCAGUGAGAGGCAGCCCGUGAAGAAGAAGGCAAACAAGAAAACUUCGGACCACAACUCGGCGACGCAACAAGAAGUGGACACGGACGAGCAUACGGCGCAGUCUCAGUCUUCGGAAAUGAAUCAAGGGGACGACAGUGCCUCCUCCAGCUCCGUAGACCAGUAUGGGCCGAACGCGAGCAGCGACACGAGCCUGAGCGACGAUCAUCUGGAGGACCACUUGAAAAACAAAAAUAAGCCCAAGAACGUUCUUCCCGCCGGCCGGCAGGGGCAGAAGAUCCAGCACUCGAAGGUGAGCGACAUCGAGCGUCUUGCGUCCGGCAGCAGUAGCCUUGUGUACGACCACAACCUUCCCGAGGGGCGCGCUGGCGCGAAGUACGCCCGCGGACAACACAGCGACAUCUCGCGGUACGCCAGUGACGUGACCGACGCGCCAGACGCGCGACACGGCGCCCGGUACCAUGCGGGGCAGCACAGCGACUUCUCGCGGUACGCUUCUUCCGUCGGAGCCGGAGACCACCAUUUACAACUUGCCGGACAACAACAGCCGGACGGGCGGCAUGGGAAAGUGCACGCACGGGACGACGACAGCCACUUUUCGCGGUUCGCCAGCACCGAGUACUACGGCGGCGUGCCGGGGGGCCGCACCGCGGGGGGUCGCCACAUGCACGACAGCGACAUCUCGCGGCUGGCGUCCACCGAAGUUGAUCAUGAUGUCGGGUCCGCCGUAGCCAACCUGCCACCCUCCGUGUCGAAAGACAGCCGGAUGACGGCUACCAUGAGGCGAUCGCUGCCUUCCGGGAUCGACAGUUAUGGUGGAGGGGGCUCCGUGCUGCUUGCUGGGAAGACGACGUCCUCAAAAGCCUCCUUGGAUGGUGGCCGGCCGCCUCUAGCAAGUCAUCCGGAGAACGCAGAGGGCGAGCAGGACGACCUACUAGUAAUCGAGCGCAACGCGACCGUCGGAACCAUCGUUAGCUCGGUGAGACAACUUUUUUUUUGUAUCGAAACUGGCAGACUCAUAGUGAAAUCUCGAGUACAGUUUACUGCUCAACAUAUCGUUCACUUGAGCAUGGCAAAUUCCUAUCUGUGUUUGCUUCUCAACCGAAAUUCUAGUUUCCAAGUUUGUUUUGAUUCGCCUCUCUAUCGAGCAAUUGACUUUCUCACAGGCGGGCCGCCGCACCGACGCGGUCAGGUACGGGUCAUACGAGCGCAACGACUUCGACGUGGGCUGCACGGGAAUCGCCACGCUGUACGGCGGCAUGCACCCCAACCACCGUGUGAUCAGUGGACAAACGAACGAUGAGUCUCCUGCGUUUUUCGACGACGGGAAGCACGACGUGGUGAUUCUGUCCUCGAACCGGUCCCUCGAAUCCGAACUGGAGUCCGGCACGGAGUCCGCCGCGGAGCACGCCCGGAAUUCCAUCGGGUCCGAGGAGUCCGGAAACGGGCAGACGCCGGCGCUGAACAAGAUGAGUAUCGACGACCAGAACCGGCUGGAGACGUGGUGCAAAAAGCGCGUGACGGACUUCCUGAUCCCCAUGUUGUCCGCGAACCUGGACAACUUCAUGCAGGAGAUGCGCAAGAUGAACAUUCUGUUCACUUCGAAGGAGCUGUCCUUCCACCAGGGCCUGUUCCUGGAGCCCUGCGCGUCCAUGAUCUACACCCACCCCGGGCAGGGCGCCUACAUGGGGCUCAACGCCUACGGCGUGUCCGUGCUCUGGCAGUACAUCGACAACGGGGAGCGCGGCCAGGUUUCCGGCUGCGAGGCGGUGGUGACCAACACGCUGAUCCGGGAGAUGCUGCUGCUGCCCUCGGCGAAGCACGCACUGGCGUAUCUGCACGCCGUGUACAUCCAGGAUCUAAUCGGGAUUCCGAACUGCUUUACCAUCUCGGACCCGGGGUACAUCUACUCCGCGGAAGUGUCCAAUUCCACCUUCGUGGUGGAGGAGGCACACCCGGUGCAGGGGGGAACCAUCGUGCACGGAAACCACCUGCAGUACAAUCCGGAAACCAUCGGGCCGCCGCCCGUGGGAAAGGACAUGACACUCAUGGUAGGAUUAAUUUUUCAUUGGAGUGGGGUAACAAUUGAUUCAACUAAGUCGGAUCGCCGACUUAGUCGUCCGUCCGGCCGCACGGACGACUAAGUCGGAGUUUGCCGCGGGCGGAAACUUCCUCCUUCAGGAAAUCGAAGAGCCGAGAACCCCGACCCGGGGUCCUGCCGUUACAGCACGCGAAAACCUUAUGAGAAAAUGCACUUUUGUAAACGGAUUUUUGCACUUUUGGUGUGUUUUUUUUCGGGUGGGCAUGAGCAUCCCGAAAAAAAAUGGCAAGAGCUACUUUUUAUGCAUGACAGUUGCUGUUUAUGCAUGACAGAUUAUCCCUUUCUGCAAUAAAAAAAGCAAACUUUUCUUCCUUUCCUGCAAAAGCAAAAAAAAGCAAAAGUCCGCACUUUUCAUUUGGAAAAAGUGCAACCUUCUUCAGCUUCGCCUUCACAUUCCCAGCUCGGGGGGGGUUGCGCGUUCGCAAGCAAAAGCCCGCACUUUCAAAAGUGCAAUCUUUUUCAGCUUCAUUCCCAGCUCGGCUCGGUGGGGUUGUGCGAAUUCCCGGCUCGGGGGGUUGCGCGAAUUCCCAGCUCCGGGGGUUUCGCGUUCGUUGCGCGUCUGGCGAACGCGCAACCCCCCCGAGCUGGGGAUUCGCGCAACCCCCCCGAGCCGAGUGUGAAUGCGAAGCUGAAAAAGGUUGCACUUUUUCCAGAUGAAAAAAGUACUCAAAUGAAAAAUGCGGACUUUCGCUUUUUUUUGCUUUUGCAGGAAAUGAAGGAAAAUUAGUUUUUUUCAAUUGCAGAAAGGGCUAAUCUCUCAUGCAUAAACAGAAACUGUCAUGCAGAAAAAACAGCAUUUGCCAUUUUUUUUCGGAAUGCUCCCCUGAAAAAAAAAACACGCCAAAAGCGCAAAAAUCCGCUUACAAAAGUGCACUUUCUCAUACGGUUUUCAGAUGCUGGAACGGCAGGACCCCGGGUCGGGGUUCUCGGCUCUUCGAUUUCCUGAAGGAGGAAGUUUCCCGCGACAAAGUCCGACUUAGUCGUCCGUGCGGCCGGACGGACGACUAAGUCGGCGAUCCGACUUAGUUGAAUCAAUUGUUACCCCACUCAUGCUUGUCGUUGUCGUUGAAUAAAAUCUACUUUCCCGGUAGUUCUUGGUUCGUUUAGUAGUUGCUGUCACGGACCCCCGCGGUGUCAUGAUCCUUGUGAAGAGUAGCUAGUGCGACCACGACGGCUAGAGCGCUGCUCAUUUGGUGUGUGAUUUUGUUUGAAAAAAAAACAACUACAGAAACCGUCGAACUCCAAGUGGCGCGUGAAGCACAGCACGGACUUUCUCGCGAGGACACGAAAACAGAGACCAGCCGCAAAUGGCGUGCUCGUCUCUGACCUCUUCCAUCUAUUCGGCGAGCCGCCACUGCUGCGGCCCAUUCCCAGUUUGACCCUGCAAGAGCACUUGAACGACCCAACCUUCCAAGAGGACUACUCCGCAACACUGUGUGCAAUGGUGUUUGACAACGAGAAGCGAGAAGGCUUUUUCCGCUUCUGGGGAGACUUCGAGUUCGACAACGUAGAGACAAGGAAGGAAAAGGACGUCUACCUGUCGGUAAAACUACCCACGCAGGACUGGAAGCAGGGAGUCAAGCGGGACUAUAAAGUGCUGUGA